AGAUCGUCGCGUAGUGAGUGUAAACGGCACCUGACUACAUGGGAAAAGGAAGUGUCCUGCCUUUACGGAUAAUAUGUGUCUUUACCAGAUACGUAUGUGACUAGUUUGGACGCAGACCUUCCUGAAUCUGCGCAGAUUUAGAAUCAACUCUUCUCCUGAAAGCAGCGGUGGCCGUUUUUUUUCCUCAGCUGGUUUGCAAACAGGAAGCGCCAGACCGGACUCUCGCUAAAAAACAGCAGAACUAACGUUACGUUACCUGCCUAUUAUUUGCCUUUCUAAACUAGUUAUAAAGGGAAGUGAAGUUUUAAACGCCAUACUUUUUGACCUCAUUUAACUGUAAAAGUUUAACUGCUUUAAUUUAACCACCACAGUUUUUGAAUUCUAGCGGCUAACCGCACGCGCUCUAUAAUAAUAUAACCGAUAAAUGUCUCCAUGACAGCGUGUGUGUUGUACAUAGACUGUAUGGUGUUGUAGUAUCGACAGCGUCAGCCGCCAACUGCCGUUACACAUCUCAGUCUGGACCAUGUUUCCUCGAUGCUGAAGGAGAUGUUUAUACAGCACAACCUGCUGACAGAUAUUAGGUAACUCACAACUGGAUGGCUGCAUCGAGGUCCAGUCUGAAACACGACAAGUCUGCGCUUCAGUAACCGUGACUGGAGGCUCAUAGGAGAGCCUUCAUUAUGUACCAUAGCUGUGUCGCCGUCCUGUCGAUCAUUCCCACUGCUCGAGACUGAUAUUUUGUGGCUUUUCUAAAUACUCGAGAUAUUGAAAUACCUUUAAGUGUUGCGCAAUGGCGGGUGUUGGGGUCAGUGUGCUGUCGCGAGGUCAGCUGCCGUCUGCAUCCUCCAACUCCUCUCCCACUGAUCCUGAUGCCCAGGGCUGCUCCAACGGGGACUUCAUGGACUCGUUUGGCAUCUUCCUGCAGGGCCUGCUGGGAGUGGUGGCCUUCAGUACCCUUAUGUUGAAACGCUUCAGGGAGCCCAAGCACGAACGGAGACCCUGGAGAAUCUGGUUUCUGGACACCUCCAAACAGGCCAUAGGGAUGCUGUUCAUUCACUUUGCCAAUGUCUACCUGUCUGACCUCACAGAGGAGGACCCAUGUUCACUAUACCUGAUCAACUUCCUUUUGGAUGCGACUCUGGGCAUGCUGGUGAUCUAUGGCGGCGUGAAGGCUGUUAACGCUGUGGUUGAAUGGAGACAGUGGGAUUCGUUGCGUUUUGGAGAGUAUGGUGAGCCGGUUCAGUGCAGUGCCUGGGCGGGUCAGUGUGCUCUCUACAUACUCAUCAUGAUGUUUGAGAAGGUCAUGAUCAUGUUGGUCCUCCUCCCACAGUGGAAGAAGUUGGCUACGCUCAACCCCAUAACAAACCCUCAUCUGGAGUUAGCUAUCGUCAUGCUAAUUGUCCCAUUUUUCGUGAACGCUCUGAUGUUCUGGGUGAUAGAUAACUUCAUAAUGAAGAAGGGCAGAACAAAAGCCAAAUUGGAGGAGAGGGAAGCAGAAGACGACCGUCGUGGCAGCAGCAAAGUGCGCUAUAGACGGGCACUGUCGCAUGAUGACUCUGAAUCAGAAGGAUGAAUUGAAAGCAGGCUUUCUGGUCAGGCCUGCUGGAUUCAACAAGGUUACUGAUUUUGUCUAGGUGGAAAUAUAACUGCCUUUCCCUCUCCGGGUUUGAUUCUGACUAUUUUUACAGAUUGAUCUUGGUUACAGUUGGUGGAGAAAAAUUGAAUGUGGAGAGGGAUGUUAAGUACUAAACAAUAUUAGAUGAUUAAGAUUUACUGACAAAUUAUGAACUUGUGUAUGCUUUUUCAAUAAACAGUGUAAAAAUAGCUAUUUGUAUGUUUUAUUUUAUGAUCUGUAACUUAUCUUCCACAGCUUAUAUAUA